CUUCAUCCCAACUGGUGCCAUUCCAGUUUGUCGAGACCUGCUCGGUCCAGGGGUUGCGGUCCAAGACGGACGAUGAUGGACAGCUUCUUGAUUAGGAAGCUCAACCCACUGCCCUUUUUCAAUGUCUAUCAGCAAAAGUAUAUUAUGUGUAUACAGCAUUCCAGUCCGAUCAAUUCCAAUCUCAAAGAUACCGGCCCCCAUCUUCCAGACACCUCUUUCACUCUGCAGGGCUCCGUUCUUGUGCAAUCAUCCCCGUCCCGUUCGGAAACAGCGCGGCCGAAGAAUCAGAGGCUCCACCGUUCUUAAGAUUGCCCCCUGCGUCCCUGCCAGCGAAGGUCGUUGCCAAGGGUGUGGAAAUCGCACUAGAACAAGCCGGGGAGUCGCCCUCUCGCUCACGCAAUUUUCUCGACCGCUGCUUCUUUUUCUCUCGCCUCCUCCCCCCCUCCCCCCCAUUCUCUUAUCUAGAGCAAGCUCGCGUCGCGUGGGAGAGGGACCGUCUCCGUCAACUUUGUCUUUUGCUUCUCAUUUUCUCCCGUUUUGCGCAUUCCACUGCGCACAAUUCUUUCAAGAUGGACGUCGUCCUCGAAGUUUGCGAUACCUUUCUGUUCGAUUACAUGUACCAAUGGGUGCUCCCAGCGCGUCCAGCUCCAUCCGGCCUCACAUCCCAGACCUUUGCCAAUGGCACCUCCAUGUCAACAUGGCAGUACAAGCCCGCGACAGAGUACCUGUACCUGACACCAUCACAAGCCGCAUAUGGCAGUUUAUGGGCUAGAGAUAACAUCUGGCGCCAAGGAGUGUCGCUGUUCCUCAUUCUCUGGAUCUUCGGCUUCCUCGUCUACUUCGUCUUCGCCUCCCUCUCCUACCUCUUCGUCUUCGACAAGAAAACCUUUGAGCACCCCAAGUUCCUCAAGAACCAAAUCUGGCUCGAAAUCAAGCAAGCCAACGAAGCCAUGCCCAUCAUGGCCCUCUGCACCGCCCCCCUCCUCGUCGCCGAGGUCCGGGGUUACGGUUUCCUCUACGACACGCUCGACGAAGCCCCCUGGCCGUGGUGGAACUGGUUCCAAAUCCCCCUCUUCCUCUUCUUCACCGACUUUGGCAUCUACUGGAUUCACCGUGGCCUUCACCACCCCUGGGUGUACAAGCACCUCCACAAGCCUCACCACAAGUGGAUCAUGCCCACGCCCUUUGCCAGCCACGCCUUCCACCCUCUUGACGGCUAUGCGCAGAGCCUGCCGUAUCACAUCUUCCCCUUCAUCUUCCCGCUGCAAAAGGUGGCGUACGUGGCGCUGUUUGUGUUUAUCAACUUUUGGACGAUUAUGAUUCACGACGGGGAAUACAUUGCCAACAACCCCAUCAUCAACGGGGCGGCGUGCCAUUCGAUUCAUCACUUGGCCUUCAACUACAACUAUGGCCAGUAUUUUACUCUGUGGGAUCGGAUUGGCGGGAGUUAUAGGGCGCCGGAGCAGGAGAUGUUCCAGAAGGAGGUCAAGAUGAGCGAGGAGCAUUGGAAGAAGGAGGUGGAGGUGAUGGAGCAGAUCCAGCUGGAGGUGGAGGGGGAGGAUGAUAGGGAGUAUGAGCCUGAGAUGGAGACGAAGAAGAGGCAGUGAGAAGCUGCUUCUUUCGAUAUCAAAACUUUCUUGGGGGGGUUGGCUUGGGGUUGACCGUUCUUUUGGGUUACCACCCCGCGGCGGCUGGUGGUCUGGGGUGAGGUUGAGCAGAAAGCUCACGGUCGGUGGUGUUCAUGAUGAAAAUGUAAUGGAGGGGUGGUUUCAUGUUGGGCUUUUGGGAAAGUAGGGUUUUUUGUCCAGUGCUGGAUAGUGAAGGGUUUUUUUUUAUAUGAGGAAUGCGCGUCUGUAUAUAAUAAUUAUCUUUGGGUUGGUUUGGACAUGUUAAUAUCAUUGGGAGGAAGGAGGACAGGUGGGGCGGGG